GCUUUUGCUUUCUAAAAGCUAAAGAUGACAUCAAAGUAAUGUGUAUGUGAAUGUGAAAGAGAAAGAAAAGGGAUUGAUUAUAGAUUUAUAGUGUCACCUCUUCCUAGAACUCUUCUUCUCACUCUCUCUGCAUAUUCAGUGCUAUAAACUCUUAUCAUAUUCUAAAACUUCACUUUCUAAGCUAGUUAUUCCACAAAUAAUGGAUACUCCUAGUUUCACCUUUGUACUAUAUACCCUCUUUCUUACUCUUUCUGUUUCUGUUUCUUCAUCAUCAUCACUUCCUAUGUCUUUGAAAACACAAGCUUCUAUCUUAGUUUCUCUCAAACAGGAUUUUGAAUCCAAAACUUCUUUAAAAAGUUGGAAUAUCUCUAACUACAUGUCCCUUUGUACUACUUGGUAUGGUAUUCAAUGUGACACAAACAAUAGUUCUGUUGUGUCACUGGAUAUAUCAAACUUGAAUGUUUCUGGAACUUUUUCAUCUUCCAUCACAAAACUAUCAAACUUGAGAUUCCUCAACAUAUCCAACAACAUGUUCAAUGGAAAUCUAAGUUGGAAAUUCUCUCAUUUGAAAGAGCUUGAAGUUCUUGAUGCUUACAAUAAUGAGUUCAAUUGUUCACUCCCUCUUGGUGUCACUGAGUUACCUAAACUCAAGUACUUGAAUUUUGGAGGAAAUUUUUUCUAUGGAGAAAUUCCUUCAAAAUAUGGUAACAUGUUGCAGCUUAACUAUUUGUCUCUUGCAGGUAAUGAUUUGAGAGGUUUCAUACCUUUUGAGCUUGGAAAUCUUACUAAUCUUACACACCUUUUGUUAGGUUAUUACAAUGAGUUUGAUGGUGAAAUUCCACCUCAUUUUGGUAACCUUGUUAAUUUAGUUCAUCUUGAUCUUGCAAACUGUGGUUUGAAAGGUUCAAUUCCACAUGAGCUAGGAAAACUUUACAAACUAGACACACUUUUCUUGCAAACCAAUCAACUUAAUGGUUCAAUUCCACCUCAAUUAGGGAAUCUUAGUAGUUUGAAAUCUCUUGAUAUGUCAAACAAUGAGUUAAAUGGAAACAUACCUAAUGAGUUUUCAAAUCUUCGCGAACUCACACUCUUGAACUUGUUCAUCAACAAACUCUAUGGUGAAAUUCCAUCUUUUUUUUCUGAGUUACCAAAUUUGGAAGUGUUAAAGCUUUGGCAAAACAACUUCACAGGUUCUAUUCCUUCUAAGCUUGGAAAGAAUGGUAAAUUGAGUGAACUUGAUUUAUCAACAAAUAAACUCACUGGAUUAGUACCUAAAUCUUUAUGUCUUGGAAAAAGGUUAAAGAUUCUAAUCUUGCUUAACAAUUUUUUGUUUGGUUCUUUGCCUAAUGAGUUUGGUCAAUGUUACACACUUCAAAGAGUUCGUUUAGGACAAAACUAUUUAACAGGUUCAAUACCAAAGGGUUUUCUUUAUUUGCCUCAACUUUCACUUCUUGAACUUCAAAACAAUUUGCUUGGUGGUUUUCUUCCACAACAAGAAAUCACAAACACAAACACUUCUAAACUUGGAGAGAUAAAUCUUUCGAACAACCGUUUAUCCGGAUCACUACCAAAUUCUAUUGGAAACUUUCCAAACUUGCAGAUUCUGCUUCUUCAUGGAAAUAGAUUCUCAGGUGAAAUCCCUUCAGAUAUAGGAAAGUUGAAGAACAUUCUCAGGUUGGAUAUGAGUUUCAACAACUUUUCAGGAACUAUUCCUAUUGAAAUAGGUAAAUGUUCUUCACUUACCUUUUUAGAUUUGAGUCAGAACAAAUUAUCAGGUCCUAUUCCAAUUCAGGUUUCUCAAAUUCACAUACUUAACUAUCUUAAUGUCUCAUGGAACUACCUAAACCAAACACUUCCAAAGGAACUUGGUUCUAUUAAGGGCUUAACUUCAGCUGAUUUCUCUCAUAAUGACUUCUCUGGCUCAGUUCCUGAAAUAGGACAAUUCUCAGUGUUCAACUCUACAUCCUUUGUUGGUAAUCCAAAGUUAUGUGGAUAUGAUUUGAAUCCAUGCAACAAAUCUUCAUCAGAAACAUUAGAGUCUCAGAAAAAUGGUGGUGAGAAACCUGGAAUUCCUGCAAAGUAUAAGCUUCUGUUUGCAUUAGCACUUUUGGUUUGUUCAUUAGUUUUUGCAACAUUUGCUAUCAUGAAGGGUAGAAAAGGAAUUAAGAGGGACUCAAAUCCAUGGAAGUUAACAGCAUUUCAGAAGAUUGAAUAUGGAAGUGAAGACAUCUUAGGAUGUGUAAAGGAAAGUAACAUCAUAGGAAGAGGAGGUGCUGGUGUUGUAUAUGGAGGAACAAUGCCAAAUGGAGAAAAAGUAGCUGUGAAAAAGUUAUUAGGAAUUAACAAAGGUUGUUCUUAUGAUAAUGGUUUAUCAGCUGAAAUAAAAACACUUGGUAGAAUAAGGCACAGAUACAUUGUGAAGUUGUUAGCAUUUUGUUCAAAUAGAGACACUAAUUUGCUUGUUUAUGAGUACAUGACAAAUGGUAGUUUAGGUGAAGUGUUGCAUGGGAAAAGAGGGGGGUUUCUUGAGUGGGAUGUUAGGGUGAAAAUAGCAACUGAAGCUGCUAAAGGACUUUGCUAUUUGCACCAUGAUUGUUGUCCUUUGAUUGUUCAUAGAGAUGUUAAGUCAAAUAACAUAUUGUUGAACUCUGAGUUUGAGGCUCAUGUUGCUGAUUUUGGACUUGCUAAGUUCUUGCUGCAAGAUACUGGUGGGACUUCUGAAUGCAUGUCUUCCAUUGUUGGUUCUUAUGGCUACAUUGCUCCAGAAUAUGCAUACACAUUGAAAGUGGAUGAGAAAAGUGAUGUAUACAGCUUUGGGGUGGUGCUACUAGAACUUUUAACAGGGAGAAGGCCAGUGGGAGAUUUUGGUGAAGAAGGAAUGGAUAUUGUUCAAUGGACCAAGUUAAAAACUGAUUGGAACAAAGAAAGUGUGGUGAAGAUUCUUGAUGGGAGGUUACAUAACAAUAUUCCUUUAGAUGAAGCAAUGCAGUUAUUCUUUGUAGCUAUGUGUUGUGUUGAGGAACAAAGUGUGGAACGACCAACCAUGAGAGAAGUGGUUGAAAUGCUAGGACAAGUAAAGCAACCAAAUAUAUUUCAAGUGUAAUGAGUGAGUCAUCAAGGAAAUUAUUAUAAAUAAGAGAAAGAAGAAAUAAAGAAUAAGGUGUGACUUGUAUCUAUGUGUUCAUGUUGGCUAGGUGUUAAUUUUCCUAACUAGCUAGUUUGUGUUAUUUGAGAAUUUUGAAGAUUUUGUUUAACUAUUUAUUAGCUAGAGUUGGACCUGUUCAAAAAAAUAAAACUAUAGUUGGUAGAGGGGAUUCAAUUACUGUUAACACACUGCAAUACAAUUUAGGAUUGAGAUUGAAGUUGAAUUAUGAAUGCAUACCUUGGCUUGGCUUCCCUUUA